AUGUCGAAUCCCUCAAUCGCACCAAAGGUGCUCGUUACAGGCACUACUGGUCUGAUUGGUACACCGAUUGCACUCGAGAUAGCAAACGCCGGCUUCCCGAUUCGCGGAACCUCUCGAUCCCAAGACCGGGCGGCAGCAUGGAGUGCAAAGUAUUAUCAUGUCAAGAUCGACUGGAUCAUUAUAAAAGACCAUGCGGCCAGCACACAUGAAACCUACAAGGAAGCCAUCAAGGGCUGCGGCGCUGUAGUUCACGUUGCGGGACCUUACACGUUGCAGCAUGCUAAAGGAGAGGAUAUCAUGAUACCCCAGACCCAAGGAGUCGAGGCUAUCCUUCACGCCUGUUCCAAAGAACUUAGUGUGAAGCGACUCGUUUACACCAGUACAGUCGCGGCGAUCAACAAUGACCCCCAUCUUGGCAUCGAUAUUAAAAAGGUCUACUCUGAGCAUGAUUGGAACCCUACCACCUGGGAGAAAGGCGCAAGCGCAACUGGUCAACACAUGGCAGUGACAAGUUACUGCUGCGGUAAAACACUUGCCGAGAAGAGGGCAUGGGAAUUCAUGUCAGAGGAGAAGCCCCAUUUCGAUCUGGUCGCGCUCUGCCCAGGCACCGUUUACGGUCGACCCAUGCAGGUCUUGAAUGGCGUCCAGGACUUGGACGCCGCACAUGCCAGAUUAUGGCACCAUAUAACACAUGCUUUGGAAGUGGUCCCUGGAGAUCCAAGUCCGGUCUUUACCAACAUUUUCGACUUGGCGGAAGCACAUCUCAAGGCUCUUACAUGGCCCAAGUGCUCAGGACAGCGAUACAUGAUUGUUUCGGGAAGCUAUUCCUACGCUCGAAUAUUCGCCCUCUUCCGCAACCUCUUUCCAGAACAGGCCCAAAGAUUCCCCGUCAUCCCCAACGAUGGUCUCCCUUUGGAACCGAGCUUUGUAAAUGACUGUUCAAAGGCCGAAAAGGAACUAGGAAUGCGAUGGCGGACACUGGAUGAGACCGUCUUGGAAGCUGGACGAGCCUUAUUAGAAGGCGGAAAGCUGUUGCAGCUGCGGGGAGAGCUAGGUACUCUGUACAAUGUAACUAUGGCUCUUUUCCAGAAAUGUUGCCAGUCCAAGCUUCGAAAAGAAGACGUACAUCGUCUUGCCGCAAGUCUUUCUGUGGAGAUCGAUAUAGACGAUGCGAAUGAUUAUCUUAUUCUCUUGCAAUCUUUAGAGUCUGUUUCGAAUCGUAUCAUAGAUGCACCAGAGUAUGUAGAGCCAGCGCUUCGAGCUCAGCCCGUCGUCGGGAACCGCAACUAUUGGAAGCCCGCCAGAGAGAACAAUCCUAUGAAUGCAUGGAGUCAUCGAUGUGAGCUAGAGUCGUCCCAGCCAUCCAACGACUUACUAAGAGGCCGCACCUUGGCGAUUAAGGACAACAUCUCGGUCGGUGGACUCCCGACUACCCUCGGCACAUUUGAUAAAGUCUUGUCUCCCGAUGGCUCCCCUCCGGCGAUAUCCCCGAUUGACGCGUCGGUGGUGUCCAGGAUUCUCUCGGCCGGUGGCGUUAUCAAGGGAUCGUCCACCUGCGAGAAUCACUGCGCGUCACCGCUGUCCUUUACGUCAGCCACCGGACCGGUUCACCACCCUCUUUUACAUGGAUACACAAGCGGUGGAAGCAGCAGUGGCUCGAGCGCACUCGUUGCCGCGUGUGAGCUCAUGCGGCGAGGCGCGGUUGUUAAUCUGGGAGAGGUCGCCGAACUCGCCAUUGGUAGCGACCAGGCUGGAUCCGUCAGAAUCCCGGCUUCAUUCACCGGUAUCUACGGGCUCAAACCGACAUUUGGACUUGUGCCGUACACCGGAGCUUCUUCCAUGUCGCCCAUGAUAGAUCACUUGGGACCUUUAGCGUCAAACCUGGAAGACCUUGCUACUCUAUUAAAGGUCAUGGCCGGGUAUGAUGGAUUAGACCCACGAACGACCCCGGAAAGUCCCUUGUUGGAGGAUGUGAAGGAUUACCCAAAGCUUCUCUCAGAUUUCCGAGAUGAGCUCGCAGAGGCAUCUGUCGGUAGCUCGAGGCGCAUGAAAGUCGGGUUCCUCGUUGAAUCAUUCCAAAUCCCAGGAUUGGCACCAAAUGUACGUGAUGCGGUAAGACUUGCAGCAGAACACUUCAGAGCUGCUGGAGCGGAUGUUACUGAUGUCUCAGUACCGCUUCAUCUGGACGGCCCAAUCAUUUGGGCUGCUGCCACUCGGCCGUCGAUGUCUGAUUUUCUCUGCCAGGGUAAGACUGGAGGCCAUCUGACGUUUCUUCCUCCUCAUAUACAGCCACAGUGGCCCCCAAAACAAGAGGCGUUUGAUUUGCUUUCUGCUUCUAACCCUGCUCUUGUUAAUAUCAUGCUCAGUGGGCAAUUUGCGCACAGUCAUUUUGGCACAUCGCUAGAGGCCAAGGCGCACCGCAUGGUAUUUGAGCUCCGGGCAGCAUACGAUGAAGCACUCAAGGAUGUGGACGUAUUGGUCACCCCCUGCGCCCCUACAGUUGCUGUGCCGCAUCCAGAGCCCGGAGAUCGAGGGCUGAGGAGGCUGAACAGUAUCAUUGGGGUCACCAACAACACAUGUCCUUUCAACAUAACUGGCCAUCCGGCUAUGAGUGUUCCCUGUGGAACUGCAUCUAACCCAGAGCACCCUGAUGUGCAAUUGCCCAUCGGGAUGCAAAUAGUUGGGAGAAGAUGGCAAGAUGAGACCGUAUUUAUGGCUGCGGCACUGUUCGAGCAAGGGGUUGAAGCAAGUAAUCAAGACAAAUAG